AUGCGUCUCUCUACCAUUCUCCUGGCCGCGGCCGUCAGACCGGCUGUUUCUUGGGGCAAUGUCGGUCACCGUACCGUCGGAUACCUCGCCGAGAAAUACCUGACUGAUGAAGCUGCCGCCAUAUACGGUGACCUGCUCGCCAACGAUCGCAACUACGACUUCUCCGAUGCCGCGACUUGGGCCGACACGCUCAGAGGCCACAUGGGCUGGGCAAGCCAGUAUCACUACAUCAACCCCAAAGACGACCCUCCUAACCUAUGCGGCAUGAAGUACCCUCAAGACUGCCCAUCCAGCGGCUGCAUCAUCUCCGCCAUCACAAACUAUACAUCUCAAAUCCUCGAUACGAGCCUCCCGCACAUUGACCGGAAGAACGCGACGAUGUUUGUAAUACACUUCUUGGGCGAUAUUCAUCAACCCCUCCACGCCACGGGCCUCCUCCGCGGCGGCAACGAUAUCCGGCCCGUCUGCUGGCGCCGUCAGCCCAACCACGGAGUCUGCAACGGCCCGAUGAGCCUACACUCCGUCUGGGACACACAGAUUCCGCACCGCAUCCGCGGUCUGCCGCCGCACUUGAGCAUUCCGCAAGAGAAGAUCGCCGCCGCCGCAUGGGCUGCUGACCUCUAUCAACGCCAAGACCAGGCGGGCGUUAACGCGACGGCCGGGCAGUGCAUCGAUUUGAAGACGGGAUCUUGUGCAUUGGGAUGGGCUACGGAGUCGAAUGCCUACGUCUGUUCGCACGUGCUGAAGAAGGGCCUGGCUUGGUUGAAGUCGAAUGACCUCAGCGAGGGGUACUUUGACGAGAACUGGGAGGUCGUUGAUGAGGUUAUUGGGAAGGCGGGUGUGAGGCUGGGGGCGUGGUUGAAUGCUAUUGCUGAGAGGUUGUCUGCUGAGCAGAAGGGGCCUGUGUUUGAGGAUCUUUGA